AUGGAGAAGAUUGGUGAUGACGCUAACAAAAAGAAAUUGAUUCUAGUUGCCAUCGGAGGACCUUCUUCUUCAGGAAAAACAACUAUAACCAAAAAUUUGGUCAAAUUGUUCACAAGCUGUAAAAUUGUCCAUCAAGAUGAUUUUUAUAAACCUGAUGAUGAAAUCCCUUUAGAUCCCACAACAAAUGAACAGAAUUGGGAUCAUCCUGAUGCCAUUGAUUUCCAUAAAUUGAAAAAUUUCAUCAAGAAGAUUAGAAAAUAUGGAUCAUCUGAAGUGAAUGAAAAAUUUGAUACUCUAGAACCUGAUAUCAAAAUCAAACUUAGCGAAGAAGAAAUUAAUCACUUGAAAAAAUUGGUAGAUAAAUUCGAAAAUUAUGAUCUUGUCAUUGUGGAUGGAUUCAUGCUAUUCCACGAUGAGGAGUUGGCAAGAUUAUUUGAUUUGAAGUUGUUUUAUUAUGCUGAUUAUGAAACUCUUAAAACAAGAAGAAGUAAGAGGAAAGGUUAUUCAACGGUGGCAGGAUUUUGGGUUGAUCCUCCCAACUACUUUGAUGACUAUGUAUGGCCAGCGUACGAGAAAUUCCACAAGCAUUUAUUCGUGGAUGAAGAUGUGAGUGGCGAGUUGAAUGAAUACAGUAAAUCUCUUGAAAUCAGAGGUUACAAGAAUAGCGAUGAUUCAAAAUUGGCCGACAUGGUAGAAUGGUCAAUCGGCCAAUUAUCAAGAUACAUUGAUAGCAAAUAA